CAUCAUUCACUACUCCCUCCAUCUCUCUCUCUCUCUCUCUGCCCCUGCAAAUUAAACAUAAUAACACUAUAAUGUCUGUUUACACUGUUAAAGUUGAGGAUUCAAGGGCGGCCGACGGACAAACCCCGUCAGCCGGCCCGGUUUAUAGGUGCAUUUAUGCCAAGGAUGGUCUCAUGGACUUGCCUCCUGGUUAUGAUUCUCCUUGGGACUUUUUCAGUGAGUCCGUUAAAAGAAACCCGAAGAACCCUGCGCUUGGUCGACGUCAAAUCAUCGAUGGGAAGGCUGGUGGCUAUUCAUGGUUAUCAUAUCAAGAUGCUUACAAUUCUGCUUUACGUAUUGCCUCAGCCAUUCGAAGUCGAUCUGUUAAUCCUGGAGACAGGUGCGGUAUAUAUGGACCUAACUGUCCUGAAUGGAUCAUUUCUAUGGAGGCUUGUAACAGCAAUGGCAUAACAUAUGUACCUUUAUAUGAUACACUUGGUGCUAACGCGGUCGAGUACAUCAUCAACCAUGCAGAAAUUUCGUUAGUUUUUGUUCAAGAGAACAAGUUGCCUGCGAUCUUAUCGUGUCUUCCAAAGUGCUCAUCCAAUCUGAAAACUAUCGUCAGCUUUGGGAAGUUCUCUGAAUCACAAAAGAAGGAAGCAGAGGAACAAGGUGUUGAUUGCUUCUCAUGGGAAGAUUUUUCUUUAAUGGGAAGUUUGGAAGAUGAACUACCUGCAAAAAAUAAGACUGACAUUUGCACAAUAAUGUACACAAGUGGAACAACCGGAGAACCAAAGGGUGUCAUACUAACUAACAGUGCUUUCAUGUCAGAAGUCUUGUCGAUGCAUCAACUACUUGUUGAAACAGAUAAACCUGGCACAGAAGAAGAUACAUACUUCUCAUUUCUUCCUUUGGCACAUAUAUUUGAUCAGAUAGUUGAGACAUAUUGCAUUUACAGUGGUUCCUCGAUUGGGUUUUGGCAAGGAGAUAUUAGAUAUUUGAUUGAGGACCUUCUUGUGUUGAAACCAACCAUAUUUUGUGGUGUUCCAAGAGUUUAUGACCGCAUUUAUACUGGUAUAAUGGCGAAGAUUUCAGCUGGGGGUGCUGUAAGGAAGGCAUUAUUUGAUUUUGCAUACAACUAUAAAUUGUGGAACCUUGAAAAGGGAAUACAACAAGACAAAUCAGCCCCACUUUUGGACAAGCUUGUCUUCGAUAAAAUUAAACAAGGGUUCGGAGGAAGGGUUCGUCUUAUGUUAUCUGGUGCUGCGCCUUUGCCUAGACAUGUUGAAGAAUUUUUGCGAGUGACAUGUUGUACUGUCCUCUCGCAAGGAUAUGGACUUACUGAAAGUUGUGGUGGAUGCUUUACAUCCAUAGCAAACGUGUACUCUAUGAUCGGAACUGUGGGUGUACCCAUGACAACCAUCGAGGCAAGGCUUGAGUCUGUAACAGAUAUGGGUUACGAUGCACUUGGUAGUGUGCCACGUGGGGAAAUUUGUCUAAGGGGAAACACACUAUUUUCUGGGUACCACAAGCGAGAGGAUCUUACUAAGGCUGUCCUUGUUGAUGGCUGGUUCCAUACAGGUGAUAUUGGGGAAUGGCAGGCCGACGGGGCAAUGAAAAUCAUUGACAGGAAAAAGAAUAUAUUCAAGUUGUCCCAAGGGGAGUAUGUUGCAAUUGAAAGCAUCGAAAGUAUCUAUUCACGGUGUCCUUUGGUAACCUCGAUUUGGGUGUAUGGCAAUAGUUUUGAAUCUUUCCUUGUGGCGGUUGUGGUGCCCGAUAGAAUGGCAAUCGAAGAAUGGGCAGCAAAAAACAAUGAAUCAGGAGAUUAUGUAUCAUUGUGCAAGAACUCGAAUGCUAGAAAAUAUGUUCUAGAUGAGCUUAAUUCUGAAGCUCAAAAUAAUAAACUUCGUGGAUUCGAGAUGCUGAAAGCAGUUCAUCUAGAGCCAUUACCAUUUGACUUCGAGAGGGAUUUAAUAACUCCAACAUUUAAACUAAAGAGGCAGCAGCUCCUAAAAUACUAUAAGGAUAGCAUUGAUCAGUUAUAUACUGAAGCAAAGUCAUCCAAGAAAUGAACCAAAAAAGCGUAGACGAAUGACACGCCACGUAUUUCUCUGUAUGAUGUUUCUUGUUUGUAUUUUAUAUAUAAAAAGUAUAUCUGUAGUUUAGUUUGGAGAUGGAUUUAUCACUUUCUACGGAUGACUAUAUUAUUUGUAAAGACUGCAUUAGGUGGCUUGUAUUCAUGUAUUGGGACACUGGUGUACUACGGAAAAAAAAAGAAAAAAACCCUUAUAUGUGUGCACUAUGCAUAUAUGCUUCAACAUUUUUAAGGUCAAUAUAUCAAGGACUAUUUAAUACAAA